CUUUAAUAGCGAGCUGGGUGAAACACGCUGUGAUGUCUACUAUACUUUCAAAAUAGCUCACUUGAACUAUCCAGUUCACGAACGGCUACUGCUAUCGCGUUAAUUUAAGUUCCUUGGCGUUGCUUUUUUUUUUAAACUUAUUCUUUUUGGGCACAACACUGUACAGCAGCAAACUUGUAAGUUGGAGGAAAAAAAAAGAAAUCCCCCCCCACCUGAUUAGCGGUAGUUAAGAAGAGUAACCGCCGCUCGAACCCAUCCCACCUGUCUCGGUGCGUCCUCGGCGCCGGUUCGGGCACCUUGCGGGCUUGCGCUGCUGCAGGUUCUGGGUUCAUUGAAAGACGAGGAAGAACGGAAGACAAGGCGAACUUAUGAAAUUACACGGACACCUGGGCUGACGCAGCAAAUGGGCGGAAUAGGUGGCAAUUUUUACGUGAGCAUGUUGAAUGGGACUGAGGCGCAAAGUUUUGGAAAGGACUCGGACAUCAACAGCCACCUGCACCGCAGCAAGGAUCUGUCCGACUUCAAAAUGGGGAUCCAGGACACCCGGUUUUACUACCAGGACCCGCUGCAGGCGGGCCAGGACAGCUGCUCCAUCACCCUGCCGUACUCGGCCGGCCAGACCGUCACGGGCUUCGGGACGCACAUGGGGAGGUUGUUCACGUCGCCGGGCCUCGACAGCUGCCCCUACAGCGCCGUCCGGUCCCCGACCCGCAGCGGCGCCGGCCAGAGCUUCGCGCCGGGCGGCGGCGAGAGUUUCGUGCACUCGGGCAAAGAGGUCUACCCGGCCGGGGGAGACGGGUACACGGCGCCCUUCCAGCACGGGUACCCCCGCCCGCCUAUGUACCCGCUGCCCGGGCUGCAGGUGUCCGGGAAGACCCAAGCCGUCCUGAACAACUACCCGCUCUGGGCGAAGUUUCACAAAUACCAGACCGAGAUGAUUAUCACCAAACAGGGGCGGAGGAUGUUCCCUUUCCUCAGCUUCAACCUGAGCGGGCUGGACCCCUCGGCCCACUACAACGUCUACGUGGACGUCAUCCUGGCCGACCAGCACCACUGGAGGUACCAGGGGGGCAAGUGGGUCCAGUGCGGAAAGGCCGAGGGCAACAUGCCAGGUAACAGGAUGUAUAUGCACCCUGAUUCGCCCAACUCAGGGGCUCACUGGAUGAGGCAGGAAAUCUCCUUUGGGAAACUGAAGCUCACAAACAACAAGGGCAGCUCCAACAAUGUGGCACAGAUGAUCGUGCUGCAGUCCCUGCACAAGUACCAGCCCCGCCUGCACGUGGUGGAGGUCAGGGAGGACGGCACAGAGGACCCCUUCGCGGAUAACAAAUCGCAGACCUUCGUCUUCCAGGAGACGCAGUUCAUCGCCGUCACCGCCUACCAGAACGCUGACAUCACACAGCUGAAAAUAGACCACAACCCUUUUGCUAAAGGGUUUCGGGACAAUUUUGACACGAUCUACGCCUCCGCCGACUCUGACCGGCUGACCCCCUCCCCGACCGACAGCCAGCAGCUGCUGCCCGGGGGCUGCUACCACCAGCCCUACCUCCCCGAGCAGUACAUGAGCCCCCUGCCCCAGGGCCGCUACUUCAGCCGGGACCGCAUGGGCGUGGGCAUGGGCCACGCGGGGCACGCCGCUCACCCUGGGCAGCCCAAGGACCCGAGCGGCAGCCCGCACAGCCGCUGGUACCUGCCCGGCCAGCAGGGGGCGGGCGCCAACCGCCUGGACUUCAACUCCUUCGACGCCGACUACUCCGGCAACGGCUUCAUGUCCUACAAGCCCUUCCCCCUGCAGACCUCCGCGCACCACGCCCUGGGCUACUACCAGGAGCACCACCCCUUCGGCUCCAGCGCCGUGUCCGCCCCGGCCGGGGGCUGGGGAGCCAGCCGCCCCCCCCUGCCCCUGCCCCCCCCGCCGGACAAGCCCAAGGAGGCCGGGCCGGGGGAGGACUCCUGGCUGGAGCCCCCCUCCGUCAAGUCCGUGGACUCGGCCGACUCCGGGCUGUACGAGGGCGCCGAGACCAAGAAGAGGAGGGUGUCGCCCUACGCCUCCAGCACCGAGAGCUCGCCGCCCACCCGCGGGGGGGAGGCCUGCGAGAAGGACAGCAGCAGCGACGCAGGCUACUACGGCUUUUACGGGAACUGAGCACCCCCCCCCACACCCCCAGCUGCGCAGCUGGAUUCCGCCAGUCAGUAUUUUUCAGGAGAGGGGGUGCGGAGCAGAGCCGGAAGUCCGCGUCUGCAAAAGGGAAGUGUUGUAGGGAGAGGUACGAUGCGGCGCUUGGACGAACACCUUAUUCUGAUUGUCUGGUCCUGGUGCAUCGGUGUGUCUCGUGUUUCGUUAGUAAUUAUACGAUUAUUCAUUUUGUUUUACUGCGCGUCGAAGUUCGCACUUCUGCCGGCUGGCAAGGGAGGAGGGCAGAGGCUGCAGGCAGACAGUCCCUGGGAGUCAGGGCGUGGCGAAAGGUCAUGGACGGCCACCCCAACUGUUUUCAGACGGGUCUGUGGGUCGCAGGGCUCCGCAGCAGGGCGGGGGGAGACAGUGCCUGGAGGGGGUGGGGGCCCUCCAACAGGCUUCUCCCUCCAGCUCUGCACCAGGCCGGGGGGCUGCACUGCGCCGGACACUGUGGGCUCCCGGGGGACAAUUCCAGUGCAGAACUGAGCCAGGGCUCACGUGAGAGCAGCCUGCAGGGCAGGGCCUCUAACCUGCACCACUCUUAAUCACCAUGAGAAUAAUAAUAGCAGACAGGGCUGGGGUUUAAUACGUCUUCUGAAAGACCGUCACUGUAACAAUCCAUCAAGAGAGACUGCAGGAGACGGUAUGACCAGCUCGUUCCUCAGGGCUCGUUUCGAACACAAGGGAGUAACACUUGUGGACAGUUUAGUUGGUGGCACCUGCUGGCCUGCCCUUGACGGAUGCUGAAAGUUGGCAUUUUGUUUUUUUUUCUUGCGCUCCAGACAUUUCCAGACAGGCUUGUUGAGGAUAUUGACUGUGACGAUUACAGUGGCUUCAUGUGUCAGGGAUCUAACAGAGGGAUACAGUUUGACACGGAGAAGGUAUUUCUUAGGGAGCUAACGUGAAAGGCAGCAAAGGGGGGGGGUGGGCGGUUUUCCUUUGGGAAGGACCAUCCCAUUGCUGCAGUGAAAGGAUCACUAUCACCCAGAACCUGGGUGCCUUUAACAGGAGGCACCUUGUUACACAAAGGGUUGUGGGAGCAGGGAACAGGCAGUUGAAACUGAUACCCUGGCUUCUUUCGGGAAACAGCUGGAUGGGAUCCUUGGUUCAACUACCUACUGACGACCAGUUAAACAAGCUGGGCUGAAUGGCUCUUCUUGCUUGUAACCUUAGUGGAAGAGUCGAGACAGAAUGUGCAGUGGCAAUACGGUGAGCUAAGAUCUUAUUGAAUGUCUAGGGAAAAGGCAGCUCUGAGGAGGCACUCACUGAUAGUCUGCUUGUGGCUUUCAGAUGCUUAAGCUACACAACCCCCAAAAGAAGGAGGGAUUGAAUUAUCUCCACUCAGAUGUAGCUUUUCUGAUGUUCUGAUGUUUUAAUUUGUGUUUUUAUAUAAACCAUAUAAAGUGUGUUGUAUUUUUUCUAUAUUGGGUGCCAGAAGACAGUGAUGUGUUAUUUUUAUAUGUAUAUAUUGUACAGGGGAACUAACAGAGAAUAAUUUUGUUCAAUUCUGUAACAGAAGAACCUAAUGAAAUCAUAAUGACAAUCGGCCACUACCCGAGACUAUGGAGUAAAGAAGAUUGUUGCAUCCACAGCUCACGAGCUCAUGGUUAGGUCAAAGAAAUAAUAGAAGUAUCAACAAAGGAACAAUCUUUAAGAACUGGAAUUAGUCCUGUCUGCACUGUGGCUCCAUCUAGUGGCCAUUUACUUGCAUUGACUCUCCAGCCAAGCGCAGUUCAGUCCGGCGAAUGAAUCGCCUUAUUAGAACGUGGGGACAACCUUACGGAGCAAAAGGCAUCUUAGAAACAGGUCAAACCUUUUAUUAAGACAAUAAGCACCAAUUAGCUCAAUUCAGGAAGAAUUUAUUUGUAAGGUGGGUUUCCCCCUUUCACAGUGAAAAGGUUCUAGGCAGUUUGAGUUAUUUAUAUUUUUAUGUAAUUUUUUUUCCGUUUGUUUUUAAGACUUUGUAUGUUAGAUGUGCACAUUGUGUGUGGUGUGCAAAGUCCCACUCUGCCGAUCUCACCUUUGACUUGCAGAGUAUGCUGUUACUGAGCCAUUUUUAUUUUGCAAACACUGGUAACAUUUGCUUUGCACAGACCCUGAGAGCGACUGUUAGGCUCCUGGGCUUUUUGUCUUCUGGGUCAUUCUUGCAUUCAGGAAGCAGUGCGUUUGUUCAUACUGAUACCAGGCAUCAUUCUUUAGAGGGUCUCUCUUCAGGCCCCAGCUCUGCUCCGCUGCAGGAUGUUGACAAAGCAAUAGGAGGGCAGGGGCAGGGGUGGAAGUUAGACCCUCUUCAUAUGAGGGUGUAUUUGGGACUUAUGAAAUAAGCACACAGCAGCUAAGACAUGCAAAUAAAGGCAAAAAAAAUUGUGAUUUCUUUAUGCAACUCAUUACAUCCCCCCACCCCCCCAAAAAAAUCAUUCAUUUAAAAAAAGGUCAUGAAAAGCAGCAGUUGGAUCAGUAAACCACACUAUGGACCACGGGCCUGGGUCUGCUGUUGGGGGUCUCUGUUGGCGAUACCUGAUCUAUUUAGAGCAAUAGGAAAGGGGAUGGCUGCAGAAGGAGCAGACAGGUGGGGAUGCUAGGUCUGUUUUUAUUGAAGAGAAUGUGAUUCUAUCAGAUUUUAUUAGGAUCAUCUGUACAUGAAGCCCUCCCCCUGGCAUCUGGUCUGUUCCCUCAGUUUCUAUUUUAAUGCAAAGACAGGUCAGGGGUCAAAGUUGACUCCUAUUAAUGUUUCCUUCCUAGGUGUGGGGAUGGGAGGGGUGUGAAGGGCAGUCAGGUGUUUAUAAAGAUACAGUAUAAAAGUUAAAUGGAUAACUAAAUUUAUAAUGUGCAAGAUUUUUUUAAAAAAGUUUAAAGCAUUUAUUUAUUAAAAGCAGGCUUUACCUUGUGCAAAUGUGUAUGAAUUGUUGUUUUUUAUUAUUGUUCUUGAAUAAAAUGUUAAAUACCCAACCAUCUUUUUAUUGUAUGAUGCCACUGCUUUUGAAAAAGUGUAAACAGAGAGGAGAGUUAUUCUCUGUAUCUUACUACAGUAACUAAUACCUGAGCUUCAGGUGACUCAGGACUGUCCAUAGUGCCACUGAGCUGUCAUUACUUGGAACAGUUCAAGUUAAAAACUGCAGCCUGAAAAAUUACAGCCUAAAAGAAAUUACAACAAGAGAUUAAAGAUGA